GAGGAGCUACAAGCUACAUCUGUCCAGCCUGCUUGAACAGCAUCUUACCAGAUCUCUCUGUAGCUCUUUUGGCAUUAAAGAGAAGGUAUUUUAAAGAAGCAUUUGAGCAGAAGCUGCAAGAGGAUAGGCAUGGUGAGCGUGAGAGGACACAAGCACCGUUUGCUUUAAGGGCAUCGUGGAACAGCAAGAUGCCAUCCAUUUGCGAAAUGGCAACAGAACUUGUCCCAGGGCAGCCUAACCACUGGAAAGAAAGUGACAAUCAAAGCUGUGUCCAGUCUAAUAAAACACAAAGUGAGGGCACUGAAGUGCAGCUUGUGCUUGUGGGUAUUGUGCUGGGCUGGAUCAGCGCUCUCACAAUUCUGAUGAAUGUUCUCGUCUUGUAUAUCUUGAGACGGGAGCGUUCCCUGCACACUGUUGGUAACAUGUACAUUGCCAGCUUGGCAGGAGCUGAUUUUCUCAUCGGCAGUGUGGUGAUGCCCCUUGCUCUGGUCUAUCUCCUAGCCCGAGAAUGGAAAUUAGGCCAAGCUGCUUGCAAGUUCUGGCUGUCAGUGGACUAUGUGGCAAGCACAGCUUCUAUCUUCAGCCUCUUCAUACUCUGCUUGGACCGCUAUCGAUCUGUCCAACAGCCCCUGGCAUAUAUUAAGCAGAGGACCAAAGCCCGGGCAGCCUGUCUCAUUGGCUCAGUGUGGCUGAUUUCUAUGAUUUGGCUAUUUCCUAUACUGAGCUGGCCUCAAUCUGACACCAGUCAGGAGUCACCCCCUAUUCAGGUGGACCAGUGUGACACUGAAUUUCGACACUGUAGCUGGUUCAAGCUGCUUGCUGCCUUUCUAAACUUUUACAUUCCUUCUGCGCUCAUGCUCUGGUAUUACUCCAGGAUGUAUCUAACAGUCCAGAGGUGUUUCCAGAGACGCCACGGCCCUCUUGGUGUUAGGAGCCCAGCUUCACUCAAUGAUGCAAAAGGGCCUCUGCUCCCAUCACAGAGCAGGAGGAGAAGGAGAAGAAGUGGGUUUCAAAGAAUGGUCCGACUGAAGAUGACACCUCUGGCUCACCCAGUUCAGGAAAGACAACAGCCACGUCAGCAUCAGAUGACCUGGAAACCAUGUUCAAAACUGCAAAAGGACUCGGACUCCACUUACCCAGCAUCCUUCUCAGCAAUGAUUGGCUCAACUAGAUACACCCGGCUACAUGGCCUUGACACUAUGGAUGAGAUGAGCACAGUAGGUGCGUGUCAGGAUCUUGGGAACAUUACAGAUAGAAGACGCCCUCAAACGUGGCACCUUACAAGAAGAGGACGGGGACCAAAGAAGAGGAUGAGUAAGAUAUCACAUAGUGAGCUUCAUUCUGACUCCUGGAAGAUGGUGUCUUGUUCCAGUCAGCGAUCACAUGUUCAGAAGGACAGGAAGGCAGCUAAGCAGCUUGGGGCAAUCAUACUUGUCUUCAUGGCAUGUUGGGUGCCUUACUUUACCACAUUUACUGUCACAGCUCUCUGUGACUUCUGUAUCAGCCCCCAAACCCACAUGGUCACAAUCUGGCUGGGAUACCUCAACUCUACCCUCAACCCCUUCAUCUACCCACUGUGCAACAGUUCUUUCAGGAAGACUUUCCGUCACUUGCUUGGACUGCAGCGCUGAUCAUGUGGAGAGACCUGCAGCCACCAAGCCACCAUUGUAAUCUAUUUAAGGUCUCACCAUUAACACACUGUAGAAAGGAGAUCUUACCAGAUUUUGUUCCUUCUGCUCUUCUCCUUGACUUUACAGGUCAACUCUGAUAUCAGCAAAAAUAAUUUGUAAAUGGAUAAAGUCAAAAUGUGGCUUUGUUAAAGGCCACAAUGGGAGAUUUUCUAGAAAUGGACCACCUUACUGAAAGUGCCUGUGAGCUGCACAGCAUUAAGCGUGCCCACAAAGCAUACUCUUACCAGAAGAUGGCAGGAUUGAGCCAUAGAAGGAGAUGCCUAUAAGUCACUCUGACAUGCUACUGCCUAAAUGUGGGUUGUUUUUAUUUUUAAUUUUUGUCUCUGAGACCCUGAAUUGGAUCAAGAACAAUUGUGAAUCUUUACUACUAUUAUUGUGUAUUUGAUUUUAAAGCAAUGCACAAAACAACAUGGCUCUGUGUUAUCGAUUUUAUAUAAAAUUUUUUACUUCUUUUUAUUUUUACAUUGAGAUCUUCAAAGCACAUUGGCUCAAAGUAAAAUACACAAAUAGAAAAUUCAUACAACAGGAGAAACAACAAACUGAAGGAGAAAUAGUGAGACAGGUAACAUGAAGCUGAAUGUGACAUGGUGGAUUUUGCUUCCUCUUGUACAAAAAGCAGUUCAUGUGGGGAAGAAAGGCAUCACACCACUGAGGUGAAGAAACACCCCGAGGCCUAUAAUACAGACAUUGCUUUUUGUGCCCAUCUGUCAGAUUCUAAUCCAACCAUUACUAAAGCUUGCAACUGUAAAACCUGUUAUUGUCACACAAAUCUAAGUUGAUGGCUUCCUUACAAUGAAAUCCUUCCUUUGAUAUUCAGUGCUAGUGCCAGGCCACACAGUCACUUGUGCAAGGAUGGUGUGCUUGUCAACCAGAAAGAGGUAAAGAGAUGGACACUGGAGUGCAUAUAGAUCUACAAAAAGGGACUACACCACAAUUUUGCUGUAUUCUUACAGCAUAGAACACAAUCUGUGGACUUGGAUUUCAUUCUAGAGGAAAUCAAAUAUUUGCAGAUUGACAAUUAGGUUUGAUUCCCAGCGGGGUCAUUGACUAGGUAGACUUUUCUCUCAAUGACUUUUCUCUUGGUAAUCAGGAUUUGUUCCCACGACCCACACACAUGCUUGUUCAGUGAAUGAAAAACUCUAAAUUCCUCCUUUAUGAGUGAGAGUUAAUGUAUAUCCAUUAAUGUUCCCUGUGGUGGACUGGCACCUUGUCUGUGGAAGGCUCCUGCCUUGUGAAUAAUUUUGCUGAUAUAUGCUCCAAUAUCAUGGAAGUAGGUUUAGAAAAUCUAAUCUAACUUAACCCAAACCCAGUACUUAGCACUGCUGUUUCAUGGAUCCAGCACCCUGAUUUCAUAUUCCAUGCCUUGUCUGGUUUGUAAGUUCUCCCCAAGUUUGCUUGAGUUGUUCCUUCAGGUACCACCACCCUGCAAUGAUCUGGUGCCCUAUCCAGGAUUGUUUCCUCU